AAAUUCAAAGGUAUAAAUAUUUCCGGCAGCGAUGCAGAGCUGGAAGGGAGUGUUGUAGUUGUCAUGGUGGAAAUUGCUGUGUAGUGCCCGAAGCCGGGCCAAUUUGGCCCGUCCUCUGCCUUUGUGAGUCGGAAGAGCAUUUGGGGGCCUUAAGCCGAGGCGUCCAGACGCAGGGGUGAGGCGAACUGCUUUGUGGCUAUUUGAUUCCCAGCAAAGGUUACCUGUCCAAAUUAGUGAAAAUGUAUAUAAAAUCAAUCGUUCUUGAAGGAUUCAAGUCCUAUGCGCAGAGGACUGAGGUCAACGGUUUUGACCCCCUCUUUAAUGCUAUCACUGGCUUAAAUGGCAGUGGGAAAUCCAACAUACUGGACUCCAUCUGCUUUUUGCUGGGCAUCUCCAACCUGUCUCAGGUUCGGGCUUCUAAUUUACAAGAUUUAGUUUACAAAAAUGGGCAGGCUGGUAUUACUAAAGCUUCAGUCUCAAUCACCUUUGACAAUUCUGACAAAAAGCAAAGUCCUAUGGGGUUUGAAGUUCAUGAUGAAAUUACAGUAACAAGGCAGGUGGUUAUAGGUGGAAGAAAUAAAUAUUUGAUCAAUGGAGUGAAUGCAAACAAUACCAGAGUACAGGAUCUCUUUUGUUCUGUUGGUCUUAAUGUUAACAACCCUCACUUUCUCAUCAUGCAGGGACGAAUCACCAAAGUAUUGAAUAUGAAACCUCCAGAGAUUUUGUCCAUGAUAGAAGAAGCAGCUGGAACCAGGAUGUAUGAAUACAAAAAGAUAGCUGCCCAGAAAACUAUAGAAAAAAAGGAGGCUAAGCUAAAAGAAAUUAAGACGAUACUUGAAGAAGAAAUUACUCCAACCAUUCAAAAAUUAAAAGAGGAAAGAUCUUCCUACUUGGAGUAUCAAAAAGUAAUGAGGGAAAUUGAACAUUUGAGUCGUUUAUAUAUUGCUUACCAAUUUUUGCUGGCUGAAGAUACCAAAGAACGCUCAGCUGAGGAGUUAAAAGAAAUGCAGGAAAAAGUUCUAAAGCUUCAAGAGGAAUUGUCUGAGACUGAUAAAAAAAUAAAAGCACUUAAUCAUGAAAUAGAAGAAUUGGAAAAAAGAAAAGAUAAGGAAAUUGGAGGUAAACUUCGAUCUUUAGAAGAUGCUCUUGCAGAAGCUCAGCGAGUUAAUACUAAAUGUCAGAGUGCCUUUGAUCUUAAAAAGAACAAUCUGACAAGUGAAGAGAACAAACGCAAAGAACUGGAAAAAAAUAUGAUUGAGGAUUCCAAAACUUUAGCAGCAAAGGAAAAAGAGGUUAAAAAGAUAACAGAUGGGCUGAGCACCCUUCAAGAGGCAAGUGCUAAAGAUGCCGAAGCACUGGCUGCAGCACAGCAGCAUUUCAACGCCGUCUCUGCCGGGCUGUCCAGUAAUGAAGAUGGAACAGAAGCAACUCUCGCUGGUCAGAUGAUGGCCUGUAAAAAUGAUAUAAGUAAAGCCCAGACUGAAGCCAAACAGGCUCAGAUGAAGUUGAAACAUGCCCAACAAGAAUUAAAGACUAAACAAGCUGAAGUUAAGAAGAUGGAUAGUGGCUACCGGAAGGAUCAGGAAGCUUUAGAAGCUGUGAAGAAACUUAAAGAAAAACUUGAAGCUGAAAUGAAAAAGCUAAAUUAUGAAGAAAACAAGGAGGAAAGCCUUCUGGGAAAGCAAAGGCAGCUAACCCGUGAUAUCAGUAGACUGAAAGAAACAUAUGAAGCUCUACUGGCCAGAUUUCCUAAUCUUCAAUUUGCCUACAGGGAUCCAGAGAAGAACUGGAACAGAAAUUGUGUGAAAGGACUUGUAGCCUCUCUGAUUAAUGUGAAAGAUACCUCUGCAACCACAGCUUUAGAAUUGGUGGCUGGGGAACGACUUUACAAUGUUGUAGUAGACACAGAGAUUACUGGAAAAAAGCUUCUAGAAAAGGGGGAAUUGAAGCGUCGAUACACCAUAAUUCCACUCAAUAAAAUUUCAGCCUCAUGUAUUGCUCCAGAAACUCUGAGGAUUGCUCAGAAUCUUGUUGGCCCUGACAAUGUUCAUGUGGCUCUUUCCCUGGUUGAAUACAAACCAGAACUUCAGAAAGCAAUGGAAUUUGUCUUUGGAACAACGUUUGUUUGUGACAGUAUGGAUAAUGCAAAAAAAGUAGCCUUCGAUAAAAGGAUAAUGACUAGAACUGUAACUCUAGGAGGUGAGGUAUUUGAUCCUCACGGGACAUUGAGUGGAGGUGCUCGAUCCCAGGCAGCUUCUAUUUUAAUGAAGUUUCAAGAGCUCAAAGAUGUUCAAGAUAAGCUGAGAGUCAAGGAGAAUGAGCUACGGGCUCUAGAAGAGGAAUUAGCAGGUCUUAAAAACAUUGCUGAAAAGUAUCGCAAACUCAAACAGCAGUGGGAGGUGAAGACUGAGGAGGCAGAUUUAUUACAAACCAAGCUCCAGCAGAGCUCGUAUCACAAGCAACAAGAAGAAUUAGAUGCUCUUAAAAAAACCAUUGAGGAAAGUGAGGAGAUCUUAAAAAAUACCAAAGAAAUUCAAAAAAAAGCAGAAGAAAAAUAUGAAGUACUGGAAAAUAAAAUGAAAAAUGCAGAAGCUGAAAGAGAGAAAGAGCUCAAGGAUGCUCAGAAAAAACUUGAUGGUGCCAAAACAAAAGCAGAUGCUUCCAGCAAGAAAAUGAAAGAAAAACAACAGGAAGUUGAAGCUAUCACGCUGGAGCUGGAAGAACUCAAGAGAGAACAUGCAUCCUGUGAACAACAGCUUGAAGCUGUAAAUGAAGCUAUCAAAUCCUAUGAAGGUCAGAUCGAAGCAAUGGCAGCUGAGGUGGCCAAAAGUAAGGAAUCAUUAAAUAAAGCUCAAGAAGAGAUGACCAAGCAAAAAGAAGUGAUAACAGCCCAAGACAAUGUAAUUAAAGCUAAAUAUGCAGAAGUAGCGAAGCACAAGGAACAAAACAAUGACUCUCAGCUUAAAAUUAAGGAACUUGACCACAACAUCAGCAAACAUAAAAGGGAAGCAGAAGAUGCUGCUGCAAAGGUAUCCAAAAUGUUGAAAGAUUAUGACUGGAUUAAUGCAGAGAAACACCUGUUUGGGCUACCCAAUAGCGCCUAUGAUUUCAAAACUAACAACCCAAAAGAAGCUGGUCAGAGACUUCAGAAGUUGCAAGAAAUGAAGGAGAAACUAGGAAGAAAUGUCAACAUGAGAGCUAUGAACGUACUGACAGAGGCAGAAGAGCGGUAUAAUGACUUGAUGAAGAAGAAGAGAAUUGUAGAAAAUGACAAAUCCAAAAUACUUGCAACUAUAGAAGACCUUGACCAGAAGAAAAACCAAGCCCUAAAUAUUGCUUGGCAAAAGGUGAACAAGGACUUUGGGUCUAUUUUUUCUACUCUUUUGCCUGGUGCUAAUGCUAUGCUUGCACCACCAGAGAAGCAAACUGUAUUGGAUGGUCUGGAGUUCAAGGUUGCUUUAGGAAAUACUUGGAAAGAAAACCUAACUGAACUUAGUGGUGGUCAGAGGUCUUUAGUAGCUUUGUCAUUAAUAUUGUCCAUGCUCCUCUUCAAACCUGCUCCAAUUUACAUUCUGGACGAAGUGGAUGCAGCCUUGGAUCUCUCUCACACCCAGAAUAUCGGACAGAUGCUGCGGACUCACUUCACACAUUCUCAGUUCAUUGUGGUGUCCCUGAAGGAAGGUAUGUUCAACAAUGCGAACGUCCUUUUCAAAACCAAGUUUGUGGAUGGUGUUUCUACAGUAACCAGAUCUACUCAGUGUCAAAAUGGAAAGGUUCCAAGGGAAGCCAAGUCCAAGGCAAAAGAGCCCAAAUGAUCACAUGUGGAAGUUAAAAGUAUGAAUUUACUCCUUCACCUUGACCUGAUUUUUAAACAUAAAUUUUUUAAAGAAAUUGGGAUUUAUUUAAUUUGUUUAUAUAAAGAUCUAAUGUUAUUUUGUUACUUAAACCAUAUUUCUCUAUAUCACUUUUAAAUGAACAUGGUUCCUCUUUUUAAAAUAAGUGUAACUGUGUCCCAAUUACUGUGAUUGUGAUUUUAUGCAUGUCAUCAAUUAUUUUUCUUACACAAUUCUUUUAUACAAUAUAUUAGGGAGCCUGAGAUACCUGGUUGGUGGGAAGUUCUUUUUGAAAAAGCAAAAAUACAAAGAAACAGGUGAAAUUAGAUUACAGGAUAAAGAUAGCCGACAAUCAGCUUUUAGUUUAAUUCCUGAAAUAAUGUCAAUGUGUUUUCAAUGGCUAAUGAAGUCAUUCAGGUAAGGAAAAUUUAUGAAGCAAGUAGCUGGACCGACAAAGAGAACACAGAAAAGGUAUUAAGCCUGUUCUGAGCUGUUUAUGGUUAGUUCUCUGUGGAUGUUAGAUCCCUGCUUUAGCCUCAAAUGACAGACUCUUUCAAGAUUUGUUUCCCAUAUUAUGAUGUUUGAAUAUCAUGUUUCUAUAUGCUUAGUAAUCUGCAUUUGCACAUUUUUUAAAAAUUGUUAUGAAUAUUUCAGUAGACGCUUAAGAAAAGGUGUGUUGCAUGCUGCUGUCUGGUGCAAGUUUACCUGAUGUCGGCCAGUAUUUUCAGAGAUGUUUGUCAGCCUUUUCAUAAUCCAGUCAGUAACAAUUUACCUGGUGAAUGAGAAAGGAGGAGACAACAGAUCUUUUUUCUUUAGUCUGAGAUGUAUGUGAGUACAUUAAAUCCAUCUCUUCUACCAGUAGGGCUCAAAAUUUGAUGAUUAUUUUAUUUAAGUGUCUUCGGCUUUCCAGUUUAAAAGGAUGAUGUUUCUUUAAGAUCUCAAAAGAUUGUGUAGUAUCUAUAGGCGUAUCACCAGUGCCUCCAAACUCUGAAUCUUGAAAGCCCUGACAUGUGCCAGUCUCAUCUUGGGUAUGUUUCUGUAUGCUUUAUAUGCAUCCCUUCUUCAAACUUCAGUUUUAGCUCCUUUGUGUUAUCCUUUCCCUGACAUAUGCUCAUACUGCUUG